AUUUUUCGGCUGCAGUCUUCACAGAAGCUCACCAAGCGGAGUGCGAUCAGCCCGGGAGGCACCUCUCUCUCCCCCACUCGCUGCACCUGGCUACACUUUGAGGUGAAAAUCUCAGUCAUGGCCUGUACCAGCACCUCUUUUAGCAGCUCCUCUUGCUCUCCACACUCCUUGCUCUGUGAGGAAGAGCUGGAUUAAAGAAAACCUCUGAAUGAGAAGAGACGAAGGUAAAAGAGAGGACCCUGCCACAUUUCUCAGGAGAUGCGGGGUCAGAAGCCUGAUGUAGAGGAGCUGCUGAGGCAGUCUCAGACGGAGCUGCUGUGGAUCCAAAGGCAGCUGUCAAUGAUUGCAACGCGGAAUGCCAGUCAUGCUCGAACCAGAGAAAAGCUGAAACAUGACAUCCUUCCCUUGCACCUGUCCACUCAUUCGGCUCACAACGUGACCCGUUUCCACCUGCUGGAGGAGAAGAACAGAGCCCUAAAGCUAGAGGUGGCCGCUUUGAAGCAGCAGAAGCAGCACUACAGAUCUCUGGAAACAGAGGUGAGUGAGAGGAGAAAGAGGUGUCAACUCCUCGAGAGGGAGGUGAAGAACAAGAUCUUGGCAUGUCAGACUUUGAAGACUGAGCUUCGGGAUGCCUUACAGGAGAGGAACUGCCUCAACCUCGAGUUGUUCAGCAAUAGCCUGAAGGCAGCGCAGUAUGAGCAGGUGAAGUCAGAUUAUGAGCAGCUCAGAGAGACGUUUGGUUGUGUAAGCCAGGAAAGAGACUUGGCGAGGCAGGAGAAGGCUGAGCUCCAGGACAAACUGGACAAACUUGAGCAGGUCCUAAAGCAUAUGCGAGAGGCUGCAGAGCAGAAGCAGCAGCUGGAGGCAGAGCAUGAACAGGCCCUGGCUGUCCUCAACUCCAAACAGCAGGAGAUCCAGCUUCUGCAAAAGGCUCAGGUUGAAGCUGAUAAAGGGCAUGAAGGAACGGUCCACUUACUAGAGAGCCAUAUGGACAGAAUGCAGGUCAAAGUUCAAGACUUGGAACAGAAAUGGCGGUCUCAGAGUGCUAAGUGUAAUAUUUUGUCUAAAGAGCUGGAGAAAUUUCAUCUGGAGUCAGACACUGUUGAAUUUCCAGCUUCUGAUCUUCAGCAUUCGCCGCACAAAAGACUCCGUAACUUUCUGAACGGCCUGCAUAGUCACACUGGGAAAGGUGAUGAGAGAUCUGCUGGCUCUCCGCUAAUCUCUGAGCUCCUCCAGCCACUGCAGGUCAGCAGAGACAGGCCCGAGCCGCUGGUCACCAAACCCGCCGUCCACGCCCUGAGCCUCUCCAGGAGACUCCUGCCAACAAGCCCCUCAGAGAUGGAUGAUGAGGUGAACCCAGCUCCCAGGUCCAAGGCCCGAUACACAGGACAGGUCCGUCUGUGCACUGCCCGCUACAGUUAUAAUCCCUAUGAUGGACCCAAUGAGCAUCCAGAAGCUGAGCUCCCUCUUGUUGCUGGGAAGUAUCUCUAUGUGUAUGGAGACAUGGAUGAUGAUGGAUUCUAUGAAGGAGAGCUGCUGGAUGGCCAGCGAGGCCUGGUUCCCUCCAAUUUUGUGGAAUUUGUCCAGGACAAGGAGAAGCCAUCUGUGGAUGGGGCAGAGGAGCUGGGCCAGCUGGAGCAUGGCUGUCUGAGUCUGACCACUAUAGAUGGAGGCAUUUCCCUGGAUAGCCUGAGCAUGGACCCCCUUGGCCCCUGCAGUAACGGAACUGGGGCUCUAGAUGCUGAGGAGCUGAGUGACGACAUUGUGCCUUACCCAAGGAAGAUCAACUUAAUUAAACAGCUGGCCAGGAGCGUCAUAGUGGCCUGGGAUCCGCCUCUGGUCCCCCUGGGCUGGGGAAACAUUAACGGGUACAACGUUCUAGUUGAUGGUGAGGUUCGUUCCACUGUGCCAUUUACGGCCAGGACCAAACUACUUCUAGAGAAGCUGGACCUUGCUGCCUGCACCUACCGUGUGUCAGUGCAGAGCGUGACGGACCGAGGACUAUCAGAUGAGUUGCGCUGCACUAUGCUGGUGGGCAGAAAUGUUACAGUGGCCCCAACAGGCCUCCGCCUGGAUGAUAUCAUGCGCGACUCUGCAGAUCUCUCCUGGCUCCCUAGCAACAGCAACUAUUCCCACACGGUGUUCUUAGAUGGAGUGGAACAUGCGGUGGUCAAACCGUGCUGUUAUAGACUGCGCUUUACCAACCUGAAGGCCACCACAGUCUACAAGGUUAGAGUGGUGGCCAAACCUCAUCAAGUACCCUGGCACAUGCCUCUGGAGCAACGUGAGAAGAAAGAGGCUGGGGUGGAAUUCUGUACCCAGGCUGCAGGGCCCCCUCUUCCACCCCAUGAGGUACAAGUCCAGUGUGGUCAGGCCCCAGGGAUUCUCCAGGUCUGCUGGAAGCCCCCUCCAUUAACACCCAUGGGGACUUCCAAUGGUGCUAACGUCAUUGGCUACGCAGUAUGCACCAAGGGCCAGAGGAUCGCUGAGGUGUUGUACCCACUGGCAGAUUUUGCAACAGUGGAAUUGAACCGGCUCCAGUGUUUGGAGGCUCGUGAGGUGGUGGUCAGGACUUUAUCAGCACAAGGGGAAUCGCAGGACUCCCAUGUCGCCGUCAUUCCUAACAACCUGCUUGUGCCUCUUCCCCAAGCCCUUCCUCCACCUCACCACAUCCAGUCACCUCUUCCACACCAGCCGCCCCAGCCCCUGCCCCCCCGCCCAGCACUCCCACCCUCAAUUCAGCCUCUUCCACCUCUUACUGGCCCACUUCAACCUCAUGCCCAUCUCCAACCACUCCCUGUUCACCCAAACCAGCCAUCCUCUCAUCUACAGCCUCAUCCCAUGCCUCAUCCCUCUCAGCCAUCUCCUCCACACCUCCAGCCUCUACCCCCUCAUGCAUUUCCCCAGCCUCAGCCCACCAUUCCAAUUCCCCAGCCCACCAUUCCAAUGCCCCAACCCCAUAUCCCCCAGCUACCCCUUCCUCAGCCCCAGAGACCACUAAGUGCCAGAGAGCUGGAAACCAAAGAGCAGGGGCCAGGCAUGCUUCAUCCUGCUGGGGGUCCACCCCAGCCAUGGGAGCCCGUCUGUUCUCCGUCCGGCUUGCCCCCGGCCCUGCCGCACGUACACACACUAGAGGCCCCUCCCUGCCCCAACCGCCGCUCACCAUCUCCUCAGAGGAUCCUCCCACAGCCCAGAGGCACGCUCAUCCCUGACAACAUGGCAAAGGCCAUUGCCCGGGAGGCUGCCCAACGAGUGGCUGCAGAGAGUGGACGGAUGGAGAGGAGAAGUCAGGGCUUUCACUCUCAGAACUCAGAUGAGGAGGAGGAUGAGGAAAGCUAUCAGUCCCGCAGAAGAGGAGCAUCUGUGGAUGACUUCCUCAGGGGCUCAGAGCUGGGCAGGCAGUCCCACUACAGCCACAGUGAAGAGUACCAGACAGAAAGCAGUCGGGGUUCAGACCUGUCUGACAUCAUGGAGGAAGAUGAGGAGGAGCUGUACUCAGAGAUGCAGCUGGAGGAAGGGCGACGGCGCAACUCACACAAUGCUCUUAAGGUUGGAGGGAACACGUCAUCUUCUGGACGUCUGGAUCGUGACUCAGGCCGGAGGCCAGCUCACGGAGGUCCUCAGCCCCAGAGAAGACCACUCAUGGUGCCCUCUAUUGAGAUAACCACUGAGAGUAACAGUGAGGGGAACCUCUCUCCGGUCAUGGAGGAUGUUUACUAUGGCAGUGUAGCACGGCACAGGACAUGGUCCUCGCGGAGGCACAGGGGCCACAGGCCUCCCUAUGAUGGAUAUAGGGAUCGUGGCCGGCGUUCUCCUCCAUACUACGAUGAAUCCGAGCCUGAAGACCCAUUCCGAAUCUUCGUAGCCUUGUUUGACUAUGACCCCCUCUCCAUGUCCCCAAAUCCGGACGCAGCUGAUGAGGAGCUUCCUUUUAAAGAAGGACAGAUUAUCAAGGUAUUCGGGGACAAGGACACUGAUGGGUUUUAUCGGGGGGAGAUCCGUGGCCGGUCCGGCCUCAUUCCAUGUAACAUGGUGUCAGAGAUUCGAGCGGAGGAUGAGGAGACUAUGGAGCAGCUGAUGAAGCAGGGCUAUCUCCCGCUAAACACUCCUGUGGACAGAAUAGAACAGAACAGAAAAGGCGGCCGCCACCCUGUGGCUACUAGAAGAAUGGUUGCCCUUUACGACUACGACCCCAGAGAGAGCUCCCCAAAUGUAGACGUAGAGGCAGAGCUGACCUUCUGUGCUGGAGACAUCAUUGCUGUAUAUGGGGAAAUAGAUGAGGAUGGAUUUUACUGUGGAGAGCUUAAUGGACACCGGGGCUUGGUUCCCUCUAAUUUCCUAGAAGAAGUGCCUGAUGACGUGGAGGUCUAUCUGACAGACACUCCAACUCGCUACGAGCCGGAAGAGCCAGCGCCGGCGCCGCGCCCCGAGGCCAAACGGGUGCCUGUGGAAAACACAGUUCCUGCCCCGGCCCCCGGAAGACCAGCGUCCCCCACUGUGCGUCCCCUGCUCCCUGUGGGGCCCAUCAGGCCCCUGAGCCCUGCCAGGGGCCCCCGAGACCUGGCCUCCAAAAAGAAAAAAGGACUGCUCUCCAAAGGGAAGAAGCUGCUCAAAAAGUUCUCAAAGUAAAGAUGGUUUGAUUCAAAUAACACUGUAGAACUCCAUACACAGAGCUUAAUCAAAAGGGUAACAAAAUGGGCUCAAAUCAGCAGCGCAGUGUGUAAUCUAUCAGUCAGAUCUACAAUAGUGUUCAUAUUUACUCGCCACGCACAUAUACUAGAAUACGUGCUCUUUCGGGUGAUAAGUGUUGAUGUGUGACAAACCGUGUUUCCUCUAUUCUCAUGCAAUGAUGCAAAUCUGGGGAUGGAUUCUCAAAGCUUCACGGCCUUGUGAUCCUCUUGACCUUGGACAACUCUGACUAGUUAAUGACCUUCCCCAUGCCUUAUUCUUAAAAGUACAAUGGGAUAUCCUAAGGUAGUGGUGGCGUAACAUGGACUAAACCUUAAAGGGAAGGUGGCACGUCAGCUGGUUUGCUCUUUUCUAAUGACAGACAGCAAUUCAGAAUCCACACAGCCAAUGGGAAUUGAGUGAGGAAGCCCAUGUGCUACAUUGUCACCCUCAGGCUAGUGUAAAAAAUGGCAAGAACUUUAUUUUAUAAUAUUAUUUAUUCUCUGUCAGAACAUAAUCCCGUAUCACCAAAGUAGCUAGUUUACAGGAAAAGAAAGGAACAAGAUUUUCCGGAGCUAUUUUAGAGACAUUCCAUUGGUCCAUUCAUCACGAAAUGUUGUCACAGGUAGCACUUUAUUAAAAUGAAUUAAAAAUGACAUAUAAAUCCCUACAUCAAGGCCAAAACUGGGGACAACCUUCAAGUGAUUACAGUUAAAUCACAAUGAUCAGACAAGAGUAAUGAGUACGUUUUAUUUUAUGUUAUUGUUCAUUUUACUAUAAUGCUAUUUUAUUCACAUCUGCCUUUUAAGGGCUUUGUCAAAGGAGCAUUUCACCAAAUUUUCCAAAAUGUCUGCGUAAUUCAAUGGUUAUGAUGUGAACAGUCAUUCAGAGUGGUUUGAUGCGAAAUGCUCUAUUGUAGAGAAACUUACUGAGUCAGGAUCGUUCACAGCGGUGGUGAUGGGAACCAGAUGUCUAUCUCUGUUAUGAUUUUAAUGAUUUUAACACUGCUUGAUCUUUAUAUUUUAGGUCUAAGAAGUAUUUUUUUGAGGUGGAAGGAUACAUGCAAGGUGCAGAGCACUUAUUUAUUUUUUAAGUCAUUAUUAAUAUUUUAUAAAUAUAUAUAUAUAUAUAUAUACAUAUAUAUAUAUAUAUAAGCUCAGAACACAUCUGAAGAUUGACUGACCAAUUUGGAUAGUAAAUAAAAUGGCUAUAUUUGCAUGGUAGAUAUUGUGACCCCUGGUUUGUGUCACCACCACUGUAAAGAAAUCCAAGUUGGUACUUUUCUACAGUGAACCAUCUCACAUUACAAUACUGUAAAUGACUCUGUUUACAUAUCAACCAUGGAAUUAUGGAGAAAUUUUGAAUAUGUAAUAGUUAACCGUGCUCUUUGGAAAGUUAUAACUUAUUACAAAACACUAAGGCCUAUUUUUUUUCUCCUAUUAUGCAAAGUCAAACUUGUUAUAGGUGAAGCUCACCAUCCUUGAUGGGUUUUGAUGGCUUUUCAGUUCAUUUCAAUAUUAUUUCCAAUAAGCGGGAGUGUUCUUUUUAUGAUGUUGUUAAAAGAUCAUAAAUAUAUUCUGGUUUUAUUUUGCUAGGACUUCUCUGAGGUGGUCCUAAAUUUUAAUAUAGUCACGCCAACAGAUAAGACCAGUAAUGUGACAAAAUAGAGCCUGAAAUAUUUUGAGAAUCAGUUAUGAGUGAAGCUGGGAAUAAACGAUGGCCCUUGUGGGUUAUAAUGGUCCUUAAUGCUUUGAGAAUCAGCCCCUGAGUCAUUGCCAUUGUAUAUCAAUAUCUGGUGCAUUACUUAAUAUGGAGGCAUGAAUGAUAUGAUAGGAUGAUAUGAGGUGGCAAAUUAUGUUGAUAAUCUUAAAAAACAUUCAAAUCCAAGGUAGUGCGCUGGCAAAGACUAUGAUCCGUAAAGGCUAGAAUGCCACAAUUACUAAUUGUUUUAAGAUGGUGGGCUGGUGCUAUUACAGGAGAGAUGGCAAGAGAAAGACCUUUUAAAUAAUGCAGUGGCCUUCAUCAAAACUCAAUAAGCAUAAUUUAUUACCAACAUCUGCAGCCAGUUUCCUAUACAAGGAUUAGUUGUGGACUGAAUUGCAGUGCCAAAGGUGAUUCAUCCUUUUUAGUCCAGGCUUAGGCCUAAUCUAAGUCUGUGAAACUGGCUCCUGAUGUUUUAAUAAACCAGUCUUUGCCAAGAAGCCGCUUCUCUCUCAGUCACAAGUACCUACUUGUCAUAUGUCCUUCACCAUAUCGACUUUGGAAGGUUGUCCUCUUGUUAAAACUUGCCUCCUGUGUUUGCCUUCAAAAUGCACAAAAAGCGAGAUUCGUGUGGUGAGUGACGCAAAACUGGUACCGUAUGUGUAAGCGUGUGAAUGAGCAGACUGUGUCCUGUUAACAUACAUGUUUGUGCAUCUCUUAAACUGAAAAAGCGAAAAUGUAGAUAUGUGAUCAAGUGCUGUGCUGCUAAACUACAGAGUGUUUCAUUUUUCCUGUAAUCUGACCGUAGGGGUCGUCCUCUAAAGAAGAAAAAAAAUAAUCAAAGAUGUCUUGAUGUUUCAAAUUCUGCACAUGCCGCACUUGUGUUUUUUUUGGGGGGGGGGUGGGGGAUUGAUGAACAUGGGCCUAGGCCUGAAUAACUUCUCUUACCUACUGCUCAAACUAUCAAGGGUUGCUUUUCCUGAGCGCUUUACUGUUUCACACAAAACCUCAAUAGCAACAAACCUAUUAUGGUGAGGUAUUAGCAUGUAACAUACUGGCAGACUUACAAAAGUGUACAGUGCACUGCAAAAAUGAUUUUCUUUACCAGUGAAAGCAUUUUACAUGCAAGUAAUCUAAUAGUCCUUAUUUUUGUAAGAUUAUUAUCAGAUCAAACCUGUUUCUACAUUUUUUAUCACAUUUUAAUUUAUAUAUCCCCUAUAGAUUAUCUAUAGUUGCUCAAAUUAUUAGAAAACUAUCUGGUGAAACUCAAACUAGUUGUCUACAACAAGUAUUAGCUGUAAGUGUUCAGUUAAAGUUAAAGGGGCACUUUAACCAAAUUGAAAAAUUCCCACUUCACUACAACAUGCCUGCUCACCUCCUAGAGCAGUCCUGCAGUGAGCAGUGCAGCAGUGGUCUCUAGAGGGAUGUGUUCCAGUUUAAAAGCUCUGAAAACUCCCUUCUGAUGAUACAUAUUGAAGGUGGGAGGAAUUUUUGAAAAGUGAUAAGCGCUUUGGGGCAGACACGUGAAGAACUAUUUGAUUUUUUCCCCUGUUGGCUGGCUAAUGCAGAAAGAAGCUACACGGCUGUGAGGAAUUUCCAAUGGUUGUAUGACAUAUUUGUGCAGUGCAUGCUGGGUAUUGUAGUGAAAGAACACUACAAAAAAAGGAUACAAAACCAUGUCUAUCAAAUCAGUGACACUGUAGCUGCACUUCACAGGACCACAUAAAAAAUAACGUGAUAAAUAACAUAGUAAACGCUAGUUUUAGGCUAGAAGGCACCUUUAAGGGUUAAGGUUAGGUUCACAUUUAGGGCUUGAUUUCAUAGAAUCUGUUAUGUUCAACAUGAUUAUUUGAAUUUAAUAGAUAUUAAUACUUUAAAUGUUAGUUACAAGGGGACCAUCUACAAAACCUCUAAAGUAGCCUCUCAAAAAAAAGUUACAGACUAUUAAAAGGAAUUUUGAGCUAUUUUUUCCCCCAAUUUUCUCUCUGUUUUAGUAACUGCCAAUUCCACCUGCUAGCUAGGUCCCCCAUGAUAAAUGGGGGUCCCCCAUGAUGAUGCUACCAAGCUAAGGUAAAGGCCAGCACAUGCUUCUCCAAGUUAUGCGAAGCCACCACAUACUUUCAAACUGCCUCUAAUGCAACGUCAGUGGAGAGUUCAACACGCUUGGAGGAGAACACUAACGGCCAAUUCUAUUACAUUAGCUACCUGAGUGAGGUGAGAGAGCAAGAACGAUAAUACUCUCUAAGACUUCCAGCCGUGGAUGGCUGUGGCAGCUCUGGGGAUCUAGCAGUUGUGUUUUUUAGAUUAUUUAAAGGAUUUUGUUUCUUAUUUGAAUUAUUUUCAUGUGAAUUUACAGUACGCUACUGCAGUGGCAGAAAAUGUCGUCUUGAAACAAGCUAAGUUAAAGAUGAUUUCCUCUGAUAUUACUGUACCUGUCCACAUUCAGGAUGCUUUCACUAGCAAAGACUGCAUUUUGUACAGUGUGUAUGCAAGCAGAGUCCCACUCAUGAUAGCGUUGAUCAAACAUGCCACUUCACCCAAGAUACAGUAUCUCCUGCAGGACACCAUUAAAGGUGGAAUCUCCUGGUGCAUUAAAGCGUUCUAGACAUGUUCUCUUUGCAAAUGGAAAUGCAAGAUUGCCAAACCAGCGUCUGACUACACCUUCCUGCAGCUCACGCUGGUUUAGAUUGCACUCCUGCUUGGUUUUAUCCAGGGUAUAUAUUACGUGUGAAGCUUGUAUUUGUGUCAAAUCAAGUAGAUGUUCUAAAUCCAAUCAGUUAAAGUGUUUUGACUGAUAUUUUUUUUAAUGGAAAAAGUAGAUUUUUUUUGAUGUUGGAAAAAUGAGAUAGCUAUAAAAAAAAGACACAAAGUUUGACUGCCAAAAAAGAAUGUACAAAAACGUUGAGCUGUCUGUACAGCGUACAUCAUCAUUUUGCCAAAAAAGAGAA